AUGCACAAGAGAACCUACACUGGCAAGGAGGCCUACCAGUUUCCUCAAUGCAGCAAGAGCUUUAGCAAGCACGCCACCCUGGUCAAUCAAAAGAGGACUCACGCAGGAGACAAACUCUAUGAGUGUCCAGAUUGUGAGAAAAGUUUCAGUCAGAAUUCCGGCCUGGUGAAACACCAGAGGACUCACACAGGAGAGAAACCGUAUGAGUGUCCGGAUUGUGGGAAAAGUUUCAGUCAGAAUUCCGGCCUGGUGAAACACCAGAGGACUCACACAGGAGAGAAACCGUAUGAGUGCUCGGUUUGUGGGAAAAAUUUCAGUCAGAAUUCCGGCCUGGUGUACCACCAAAAGACUCACACAGGAGAGAAACCGUAUGAGUGUCCAGAUUGUGAGAAAAGUUUCAGUUGGAAGUCUGACCUGGUGAACCACCAGAGGACUCACACGGGAGAGAAACCGUUUGAGUGCCCAGAUUGUGGGAAAAGUUUCAGUCAGAAUUCCAGCCUGGUGAACCACCAGAGGACUCACACAGGAGAGAAACCGUAUGAGUGCUCGGUUUGUGGGAAAAAUUUCAGUCAGAAUUCUCACCUGGUGAUCCACCAGAGGACUCAUGCAGGAGAGAAACCGUGUGAGUGUCCGGAUUGUGGGAAAAGUUUCACUGAGAAUUCCGGCCUGGUGUACCACCAAAAGACUCACACAGGAGAGAAACUGUAUGAGUGUCCGGUUUGUGGGAAAAGUUUCAGUCAGAAUUCCACCCUGGUCAUGCACCAGAGGACUCAUGCAGGAGAGAAACCGUAUGAGUGUCCGGAUUGUGGGAAAAGUUUCAGUCAGAAUUCCGGCCUGGACAUGCACCAGAGGACUCAUGCAGGAGAGAAACCGUAUGAGUGUCCGGAUUGUGGGAAAAGUUUCAUUCAGAAUUCCGGCCUGGUGUACCACCAAAAGACUCACACAGGAGAGAAACCGUAUGAGUGUCUGGAUUGUGGGAAAAGUUUCAGUUGGAAUUCCCACCUGGUGAUCCACCAGAGGACUCACACAGGAGAGAAACCGUAUGAGUGUCCAGAUUGUGGGAAAGGUUUCAGUCAGAAUUCCACCCUGGUCAUGCACCAGAGGACUCAUGCAGGAGAGAAACAGUAUGAGUGUCCUGAUUGUGGGAAAAGUUUCACUGAGAAUUCCGGCCUGGUGUACCACCAAAAGACUCACACAGGAGAGAAACCGUAUGAGUGUCCAGAUUGUGGGAAAAGUUUCAGUCAGAAUUCCAGCCUGGUGAAACACCAGAGGACUCACAGAGGAGAGAAGCCGUAUGAGUGUCCGGAUUGUGGGAAAAGUUUCAGUUGGAAUUCCCACCUGGUGAUCCACCAGAGGACUCACACAGGAGAGAAACCGUAUGAGUGUCCAGAUUGUGGGAAAGGUUUCAGUCAGAAUUCCACCCUGGUCAUGCACCAGAGGACUCAUGCAGGAGAGAAACAGUAUGAGUGUCCGGAUUGUGGGAAAAGUUUCACUGAGAAUUCCGGCCUGGUGUACCACCAAAAGACUCACACAGGAGAGAAACUGUAUGAGUGUCCGGUUUGUGGGAAAAGUUUCAGUCAGAAUUCCCAGCUGGUGAACCACCAGAGGACUCACACAGGAGAGAAACCGUAUGAGUGUCCAGAUUGUGGGAAAAGUUUCAGUCAGAAUUCCAGCCUGGUGAAACACCAGAGGACUCACAGAGGAGAGAAACCGUAUGAGUGUCCGGAUUGUGGGAAAAGUUUCAGUUGGAAUUCCCACCUGGUGAUCCACCAGAGGACUCACACAGGAGAGAAACCGUAUGAGUGUCCAGAUUGUGGGAAAGGUUUCAGUCAGAAUUCCACCCUGGUCAUGCACCAGAGGACUCAUGCAGGAGAGAAACAGUAUGAGUGUCCGGAUUGUGGGAAAAGUUUCACUGAGAAUUCCGGCCUGGUGUACCACCAAAAGACUCACACAGGAGAGAAACUGUAUGAGUGUCCGGUUUGUGGGAAAAGUUUCACUCAGAACUCCCACCUAGUGAACCACCAGAGGACUCACAGAGGAGAGAAACCAUAUGAGUGUCCGGAUUGUGGGAAAAGUUUUAGUCGCAAUUCCCACCUGGUGAACCACAAGAGGACUCACACAGGAGAAAAACCAUAUGAAUGUCUGGAUUGUGGGAAAAGUUUCAGUAAGAAUUCCCACCUGGUGACCCACCAGAGGACUCACACAGGACAGAAACUCUAUGAGUGUCGGGAUUGUGGGAAACGGUUCAGUUGGAAGUCCAACAUGGUUAUACACCAGAAGACACACGCAGGAGAGAGACUGUAUGAAUGUCCGGUUUGUGGGAAAAGAUUCAGGCAGAAUUCCUACCUGGUGAUGCACCAAAGGACUCACACAGGAGAGAAACUGUAUGAGUGUCCGGAUUGUGGGAAACGUUUCCGUUGGAAGUCCGACCUUGUGAUACAUCAUAGGACUCACACAGGAGAGAAACCGUAUAAGUGUCCAGAUUGUGGGAAAGGUUUCAGACAGAAUUCCCACCUGGCGAUACACCAGAGGACUCACAGAGGAGAGAAACCCUAUGAGUGUCCGGAUUGUGGGAAAAGUUUUAGUUGGAAGUCUGACCUGGUUAUACACCAGAGGACACACACAGGAGAGAGACCGUACGAAUGCCUGGUUUGUGGAAAAAGUUUCAGGCAGAAGUCCUACCUAGUGAUACACCGUAGGACUCACACAGGAGAGAAACCAUAUGAGUGUCCCGACUGUGGGGAAAGUUUCCGUUGGAAGUCCUACCUUGUGAUACAUCGGAGGACUCACACAGGAGAGAAACCGUAUAAGUGUCUGGAUUGUGGGAAAGGUUUCAGUCAGAAUUCUGACCUGGUGAUACACCAGAGGACUCACACAGGAGAGUCCUCUGGAGUUCUCACCUUAGGAGUUCCUUGAUUGGGCUGUUGUUUGC